CUUCCAUCCGUCGUUUGUGCUUCUGAUCAGAGUCGCGAUCGCAGGAAUCUGUUGUCAACGCCACGAUGCCUAGAAACCAUGGUGACGUGUCGUUCACUCAAAGCGACGUCACUGGCACCGCUACUGGCAUCAUAUACGGUGAUGUCAAUUACAUCCACAAUGAGGGAAACGCCGCAUUGACUGUCAAUGAGACUUCAGAGGAGAGACAAAAAGAAUUGGAAGCACGUUGGAAGGAAUCCGGAACGUGUGAGUGGUUAAAGGAGACAAAGCAAGAAUUCUCAACAUGGAUCAACAUGGAGAAUAAAUACUGUUUCCUUUGGAUUCAUGGCCUCCGGGGUUGUGGAAAAACGACACUGAUGUCGCGCGUGAUUGCGCAUGUCCGUGAACAAAGAUGCAAUACAGAUCCCGAAAAUAUCCAUCUGUUGUUCUUCUACAUCGGCUACGGGAAUGAUUCACAAAAAAAGAACACCUACCGAAACAUGCUCAUGGCAUUCUGGGAUCAAGCGGUGAAAGAACGCGUUGAACGGGUUUCUGGCUAAAUCAAAACGCGACGUGUACAUUAUUGUCGACGCCUUGGACCAGCUUCCAUCAACCGAACACCGUAAUCUGCUGCGCGGACUCGAUUCUAUUAUCCAAAAACAUAGGGACCAGAACAAAUUUC